AUGCAAGAGAAGAGGUGGGUUGGGGGGGCAGUAAGGAGACACAGCAGCAGCAGCAAAGACACAGACACAGCAGCAGAUAGAAUAGCAGCAGCAGCAGCAGCAGCAGCAGCAGCAACAAUACAGCAGCAACAGCAACUGCAACGGCAGCAGCAGCAGAAUCAAAAUAAACAGCAGCAACAGCAGCAACAGCUACCGCAGCAACAGCAGCAACAGCAGCAACCGCAGCAACAGGAGGAUAAGCAGCAGCAACAACACCAGCAGCAGCAGAAUCAAAAGCAACAGCAGCAGCAGCAGCAGCAGCAGCACCCGUAG